AUGGGGACUCUUAAGCUUCAGCUCGACUGCGUUCUGGCGAGGAACAUCCCUCAGUCAGAUAUCCGAAAAUCUCGAGCUGUUUGGGACGUCGCGUUCGACUCUGACCACCGUCCAGUUCUUCUCAGCUUCAAGAUACGGUUCCACAAGAGAAACCGAGGAGUUCCUCUUCAACCUAAAAUCGACAUGGCAGGUCUGAAAGACGAUGAAUGCAGAACAAAAUUCCGCCAACGCGUGUCUAUUCAUGUUGGAGUACGGACCAGAAAGAAGCUUAGCGAUGCGGAUUCCUUCACAAAAUGCUUCCAGGACGCUGCAAGGGAAACGCUCCCGAUUCUAUUGCCGCGGAAGAAGUUUGCCUUUGUAUCUGCGGAAACAAAAUCCACGUACAAUUCUGUGUGUGUCGCGCGCAGCGCUCGUGACUUCAACCAGGAAAAGCGUCUUAAAAGGAAGCUGCGUCGUCAAUUGCAACAAGACCGCGAUAACGAGUGGCGUCAAGAGCGAUGGAGUUUGAGAAGGCGUGGGAGGACAGGAACCCCCAGAAAGCCUAUGCUCUACUAA